CAAGCAACCAAAACCUGCUUUGCAGAUCUCUCUCUCUCUCUCUCUCACAGUCGCGAUCGAGCCUGAACUGACAGUGGAAAAGAAGAAGACAUGGAACCGAGUCCACCGGCGGCAAUAGCGAAGAAACUCUGGAAUAUUGUACGGAUAGUGUUCAUCAUGAUGAGGAAAGGCGUCUCGAAGCGCAAGCUAAUGAUGGAGCUCCAAUUGAUGAUGAAACGUGGCAAGAUCGCAGGGAAGGCGAUAGGGAACCUCAUGUCUCACCAUCACUCUAACUUCAGCUGUCGAUCGAUCGAUGCGAAUCUCUCCUUCGUCUCACCUCGUGAGUACGAGUUCAGCUGCAGCAAUAGCCCCGCCUACCCUUACGCUUCUUCUUCUUCAUCUUACUUCCCGUUCCCCGUCACCAAACGGAAGCACCACCACCACCACCGUUACUUCUCUUCAUUGUACCCGACGGCCACCACCGACGACGACUUAACAACCGUCAAUGCGGUCCAGAGAAUGCUGGAGAUGUUAAACGUCCACGACAUAACGGAGGCGUCUCCUAUACCGUCAUCGUUCCCCGGUUUCGGAAAGAGUCCAAUGGGGAGGCAGUUGAGGAUAACGGACUCACCGUUUCCGUUAAGAAAUGCUGACGAGGAUAGCCACGUGGAUAAGGCGGCCGAGGAAUUCAUUCAGAAGUUCUAUAAAGACCUGAGGCGACAAAAUAGAAUGGCCGCCGCCAUGGAAGCAUAAGAUAUCAUUAAGACUUGAAAGAUCCGGCAACGGUAGUCUCUCGUCUGCCGCCGGAGCUUCAAGUUGGUGGCUAAGGUUUUCCGGCGAGAUUGUUUUCGCCUCAGUCUCUCUUUCUUGUCUCUGAUGUCAUCGUUGUAAACAAUAAAAAUCCCGUUUUUCUCUCUUUGUUUUUUUUUUUUUUUGGUAUGUAAGAAUGGAGUCAGAAAUGAGUGUAUAGAGACUGGAGAUUUGACCUUUGACAGAGA